AAGAACAACAAUUUUAUUGUCAAAAUUAUAAGCGUUAAGAAAAAUUUUCCUCACGCUUGCGAUUGAUCGUAAAGGAAAAAGCAAGAAAAAAGAAACGGCAACAAAAAUAGAGAUCAUCUCGAUCUGGAAACGGCAUGUCCAAGGUUAAGUUGAGAUAAACCGAGACCUGUGGACAGUAGUACAGAUAAGGAGUCGGAUCGUUGCCACGAUCGAGUCUCUCUGCGAGAGUAAAACAGAGAAACAGCGUGUAUGUGUGUGUCGUUAGAUUUAGGUCUGCGAAAGACUAACCUCGAUGCUCUUUUCUAUCAUCUUAUGCAUUUCGAUCAUUGAUUUUCCAUUAUUUCAUUUUGAGUUUUGUUUUAUUCUACGUGCACCGAUCGUAAAGGAAACUUUUCAUUACGUUACGAUGAAUCUUGGAAAGGACCGUAAAAUCGCAAAACUAACAAAAAAACAAUAUGCACAAAAAAGAAACGGAUCGCAAAGGAAAUAAAAAAAAGAAGAUUUAAGAAGAAGAAGAAGAAGAGAAACUGUUGAAAAAGAUCAGGUUUUAUGGAAUUCGAAAUACGAGCAGAUUUUUGUCAUUUUGAAGAAACGCGUCCAUCAUCCGUUUUUCCCGAAAGAUGACAAUUUGUAAUUUGAAACACGAUAAAAAUUCGAACACGUGAAAAUACUUACGAGUACCUAAACGUUUCGUUCAUUGAUAACGAUAUUCAGUGAUAUCGACCUUUAAAAGAUACUAAUAAAAAAGUAAGCGCCUCGCGUUACCUUCAAAAUUUAGUGAAGGAUUAUACAGAUCAAUUAGUUUCAUUUAUGACAACAACGACCAACAGGAACACAUAGGUAUGUGUGUACAUACAAAUCGUAAUCGGAUAAACUACUACUCGACGAAAAUUAUUGAACGAUAGUGUGAUCGAGUGCCUCUUGACGAUCAUUUCGAUCACCAAAGACGGAUAACAACUACACACGGUUACCGUCGCUGAAGUGACCUACGAAAUCUUGCCGACGGAACGAACGAUAUACAGUAAAAAAAAAGUUAAUUACAAGACUCUAUAAAUAAAUCAACUUAACAUAUUCUUUAUGUUAAUAAUGAAAGCAUUGCAUAGUUGAAUCAGUGAUGUGUGAUAAGUGCCAGUGCAUAAAUCCAAUCACGUGUCAAACUCGGACGCAAGCAAAUGCUCUCACGAUCGAAAAUUAUUUAACUAGAUAUACUUAGACUGGAGCUGUACUUGCCAUACGCACCACUGCCGGGGGGUGGCGAAAUCCUCCCGGCAGUGAACACGGGCGCUGCUUCUGGUGGCUGUCGUCCGGUGCUAUUGGGUGGCAUCGAUUUGUCGAUGUCGGCAGCGGUGGAACCGGUUCCGACGCUACCAACGCUACCAACAUUACCAACGAGCGGACUACCAGCUCACAAUCCUCUCCAUCAUCCGCCCGGAGGACUGGCCUUGCCACCCUUGGCUUCGGCCUCAGUUAUGAUGCCACGUCCACCACCGGGUACCACCAUGCCACCUCUUGGUCCAUCUUCUUUGCCGCAGGCUCAUCAAGAUACCGGAGAUCUAGCUGACACUCCGCCCAAUCCUGACGUCCUUUUGGCUCUUCUAGCCAGGAAUAAGAACUUGGAAGCAUCGAUACCGAAAUGUGGUGGUUGCCAGGAAGCUAUCUUGGAUAGGUACGUGUUGAAGGUCCUAGAAAGGUGUUGGCACGCGAGAUGUCUUACCUGUCGUGACUGCGGAGCAAGGCUAACAGACAAAUGCUUCGCAAGAAACGGCCAUGUCUUUUGCAAGGAUGAUUUCUUCAAGUGUGGCAGGCGUUUUGGGACGAAAUGCGCGGGCUGCGGCCAAGGAUUGGCACCUUCGCAAGUGGUAAGAAGAGCGCAAGAAUUGGUUUAUCAUCUGACCUGUUUCUCCUGCGCACUCUGUUCGCGACAGUUGGACACCGGGGAUGAAUUUUACCUCAUGGAGGAUAAGAAACUCGUCUGCAAACCGGACUACGAACAAGCCAAGGCAAAAGAACUGGCCGACGGCGGUAGCAUCGAUGGUGAUCAACCAAACAAGAGGCCGCGAACGACGAUCACGGCGAAACAAUUGGAGACCUUGAAAUUGGCGUACAAUACCAGUCCAAAGCCAGCGAGACAUGUUCGGGAACAACUCUCGCAGGACACGGGUUUGGACAUGCGUGUCGUCCAAGUGUGGUUUCAAAACAGGAGGGCAAAGGAGAAGAGACUGAAGAAGGACGCUGGUAGGACAAGGUGGUCGCAGUAUUUCCGAAGUAUGAAAGGUACCAGUGCGGGUGGACAUUCGCCUAGGCACGACAAAUUACUUGACAAGGACGAACUUAAAGUUGAUUUGGAUUCGACCUUUGGCCAUCACGAUUUGAGUAACGACAGUUACGGGACUGUUGUUAAUAUGGGAUUGGACGGAGAAGGUGCGAGUCCAGGUGGUGGUGGAAACAGUGGUAGCGGUGGACCACCUCGUGGUUAUUUAGGUGCAACGACACCACCUUAUCUAUCGACAUCUCGAUCACCGUCCUUACCACCACAAUUUCCAUACCCACCGGAUGCAGGUCUUUCAGUAUACACUACACUAGGAGGGCCAGGAGGCAUGGUACCAGGACCUGCAUCGGAUCUAAGCAACGAAUCGAGCGGGGGUGGUGGUGGUGGUGGUGGCGGUGGCGGUGGUGGUUACCCCGACUUUCCACCCUCGCCGGAUUCCUGGCUUGGAGAGCCACCCUCGCAUGCUCAUCACCAAUCACACUACGCCACAUAACCCGCCAAAGCCGAACGAUAUCGAAUACCGUCUAAAAUAACGCAACGCUAUGGAACAACAACAUUUACCUGACGACAGACACAAAUUCUCAUCGAGAUUUAUGACGAAUGAGAAGAAUCCCGUGUUCACGGAUUCCCUUACUAUUAGGGAAAGACUCAUCGUCAUUGUCGUCGUCGUUGUCGUUGUCGUCGUCAUCGUCGUUCUAGCCGAUUACACAUUUAUGUCAUUACAUUUACGACAAUUAAAUACGCGUUGCGAUUUAUUCAAAUUCAUUUAUGUCCAAAUUUGACAUUGCUUUGAUACGAAAAAGGGUAAUUAACGAUUUGGAAAUGUAAAACAAGUUGGAAGAAGACGUGCGAAUAAUGCAAAAAUUAUAAGACGUACCAUAAAUUUGAACUAUGGUUUUAAUUAUUGUAGAACGAGAGAUAUUAUGGUCGGUGAUUGAUUUUUUGUCAUUACAAAUUAUUUAUUUAAUACUCUAUUAUCACUUGGUUUUUAAUUGAGAAACAUUUAAAGAGAUUUUAUGAUUCUGGUAUUCGUCCAUAGUAGAGCAUCGCAUGAACGAUGCAACAAAUUAAUAAACUUUUAAACCGUUGUUUCGCGCACAAAUAAUUGACAUUUUUUGUAUGGUGAAAAGAGAAGAGCAAUGGGUUGUACCAACUUAUCAUAAUAAUAAUCGCGAUCGACGUUCUCUUAUUUCAUGUGUAUAAUUGACGUUACAUAAGUAUUAUUUAUAUAUAAAAUCUAAAAAUAUAAGAGCAUCGAAGUACUUAAAAUGAAAGAAAGAAAGAAAGAAUAACAAAAAAAAAAAUAAUGAAAUGGAACUGAAAUACGAAAUCUUAGCGAUCGAUCGCUUGACUCUCUCACAAUCAAUCAAACUCAAUCUCAAGAUGUGUUAAAGUUGGUUUUUCCCAUUUAAAAAAAAAAAAAAAAUUGCGAAAAAGUGAAGUGCACCCAAUAGCAAGCAAUCGCUUAAGAUCUAAUGACGGGACGAUGAAAAUCAAAUAUGAUUCAUCGUGGGUAUUAAAUUCGACUCGUGAUAAAUGAAUUUCGGCGUAAUAUUUCGGGAGAUGUAAUCUGUAAAUUCCAGCAUCGAUGAAAACUGUCGCGUAAGUAACGUAUAUACACGACGAACAUGCACGUAUCUAUUUAUCUAUCGUUAUCGAGCAGUGGUUGCUCAUUCAAGGUAUUGAUCGUGUAUAACUAUCGAAAUCAGCUUUCGUGGAAUUUCUUGCGUAGCUCGAAGUAUCGUAGAUUCGAAAAAGAAAUCAACACAAUUCGCAUAAUUGUAUAUUAUGACUACUUUCUAAAUGAAAUAGUCCAAAUAUCUUUUUCAACGUUUUUAUUUUCUAUUCAUUUGGCAACAAAUGUACUAUGAAAAAGAGUUUUUAACUUCUGAUAAACUAAUCGGAUCAUAUAUUUUACAAAAUAUUAUGACAUUUCACAUUUGUAUCAAGAGUUAAACGAUCGAUACUUUUACCUACCUUGUACAAGUCGUUUCUUAGUAAAUACGUCUUCAUUUCCCCGAAGUAUCUAUUUACUUACUUACUUAAUUACUUGUUAUAUUUAAUAUCGUGUGUUUACGUAUAAGUGUUCAAUUUGUUUAUUGAAUCUUCUGUACGAAUUUCUAAGUGGCAUGAGCUAAUGAUCAGUUAGCACAUCGAUACUUUGAUUUUUCUUACAAAAUAUCGCAAAAGUAAGUGGAAAUCGAAAUGUUUGAAACUGCGUUUCGAGAGAUACAUUGAUUGCAAAUUCUAGAAGAUUAAAUUCUACAAGAAAAAAAGAAAGUAGGUAUAGUUAUCUGUACGCGUAUGUCGUAUCAAAACGAUCGAUAAUUUUCUUUACAAAAUAAAUACUACAAAUCGAUGUCUGAUUAAAAAAUUGAAGUAUUAAUCCUUAUAAGAAUUUGUAAUCAAUGGUAACAAAUGAUUUGUAGGUGAAGAUAUGGGUUUUACAAAAGACUUGCUAUUUUGAGAAUCAAUAAUCACAAUUAUUUCGCCAUUCGGAUUAUCUCUUUUAAUCUUUUCAACGUUACAAAAGUUCAGAACGUUUAAUCAUUUCAUUCACAUAAAACAGUACAAAGGAUACAUUCCCCAAUGAAUUAUUUAGUAAUUAUCUAAACUAUAAAUCCAAGAGUCGAUAAUGCAGAUCCCUUCGUUGGUAUUCCGAAUAAAAUCAAAUUGAACUCGAUCGCUGAAAAAUUGCGAUCGAUCAUACUGGAACAAACAGGUCAAACAAAUGAUGAUAAUCAAAAUUACAUUUAGAUUAUAGAACAGUGAAGAUCGAAAAUAUGUAAAUGAUCAAAAUAUUUGUGCCAGUUUCGAUCGAUUACAAAUAAUGUCGAAAAAUAAAGCUCUGGCGAAUGAUACUAAUAUUUUUUCGUUCCUUCUUAUUAUAUUGAAAUUUGUAUACGCGUUCUUCGAGAAAAAGAAAGAAAGAAAGAAGGAAGGAAAGAAAGAAAGAAAGAAAGAAUAAAAAGAAACAAAUAAAUUUAAUGUGCAUAUGAAUAAGACGCGAUAAUGUUGCGAAUAAAAAAUAAAAAAUGGGGAUCUUCCUCCGCACCAUCAUCGGAUUUUUCUACAAAUGAAUCGAUGAUAAUUAUACGUGCGUCUCGUAUCAAUUAAAAAAUGAAGCAUUUAAUCGCGUAUAUUACAUGCAGGAACUGUAAUCGAAACAAAAUCUUCAUUGAUUUGUAUCUAUCAUACUGAAUUUGCUCUAUGAAUUUUCUCAUUCGUUUGUUUUAUUGGUCUCUGGAAAAAAAAACACACACAGCUGUUUUUAAUAUUAAUCGCAAUAGUUCGUUCGAUGUUCUACAUACGUGUAUAUAGUAUUAUUAUAUAUUUGGUAUAUAGAUUUUAAAAUAUAUAACAAAUCGUGAAUCCAUUUACGUUUAUAACUCGAACAAGAUAAGAUAUCUUAUCCCAAAAAAUGAACAGACAUAUUCAAGAUACAUACGUAGAGAGUUCAUGGAACGAUCAAUCGAUCUCGAAAAAUCUAACCGGGAUCUUCUUUUAUCUUACGUAUAACUGUCUUCUAUUUGGUUCGUCGUUCAUCUUCUUGGUUCGUUAAAAUAAAAAAGAAAAGAAAAGAAAGAAAAAGAUAAAAAUGUACUCAUCGUAAUGGUCAUGAGACUUUGAUUACAGUUCUUGAUCAUAUAUAGCAGCGUGCUAAUGGAAAAGUGUCACUGUAGAAUUGUAUAUACGUAUACCCCUCUUCUUCCUAAUCAUUCUGCCUACAAAUUCAAUUAUCAUGAGAAACAAAAGAAAAAAUAAAUAACAUGAAAAAAUACGUUAAGAAAGAUAUUAUAUUAAACGACUAAGAAAGAGUGAAAUGUUGUACAAUAUGAAAAGAAAAGAAAAGAAAAGAAAAAGAAAACUGAUUUUGUGCUCCUCAUCGAACUUGACGGACAAAAAACAUGCGUGUAAUUAUCGCAGUUCGCAACUUCACCGAAAUCGGUUAUUACGGAUCUUUAUAUUAUUAUCUAGUCAUCAAGUGAUAAUAAAAAUUUAUCAUAAUCUA